AUGAAGCCCAGUUGCCUUAGGUGCCAACGCCUCGGCUUCCAAUGCGAUUACUCGGUUCGGUAUAUAUGGAAAGUUGCAAAGCCGGGGUCACCAGCCGCCGAUCGGGAUAUUACCGUGUCUCGUGGGACCAAAUUUGUGCAGAGCUCGACCCCGAAAGCCCAGCCAUGCAUCUGCGGGGCUACCGAGCGCGGGGAAGAUGUGCUUCGUUUCUUCGCUUCAAGCGGUCACGUCCUUCUCCAUUGGUCCGACGCACCGGCCAACCCCCUCCUUGAUUCCUUGCUAUCGUUGAGCCAUAAGUAUCCAGCUAUCCGAGACGGCAUCGAUGCCCUGAUGGGAACGUACCAUGGUUACUGUUCUCUCGGCGUCUUAGCUCGGUUCGAUAGUGUUAUAACAGGCAUGAAGGCUCUAGUCGAUCCAGCUAUGUGGGCUAGUGACCCACUCGCAGUCCUCGUGGCAUCAGUCCUUUUGACCCAAAUCUCGAUGAGGGCUGGUUACCCAUGGACGGGUCAGCUUGCCCCUAUCCUUCCGCUAGCGUUGGCGUAUCGGGAAGCCAAUGCCGACAGCGUGGAGACUGGCUUCCACUACCUGGAACUCCUUGGCGGCCUUGAGAUGGACGCCUGGAUCGCCGCGAGGCAAACUAAGCCACUGCACAUUUGGUCGAGAUAUUGCAUGGGAAGACAAGGAAUCGAGGCCUCCACGGCUCUUCCGCGACCACUCCUUGACUUGAUUUCCCGUGUCUCGCGUCAUGAGGACGUUUCACAUGAUCUAUUCGGCUACGCCAAUGGCCUGGCAAAGAGAAAUGAUUUUCAAGCUCUCCACUGGCGGACCUAUGCGUUAACGGCUAUUCUACACCUCCACGGCCUAAUCAUAACGCAGUAUGACGCGAAAGAGACUACUGAGCAAUUACUGAUCGUAGUGCGUCAGCUGAUAGAAAUCCUGGAGACCAAUCGGAACCACAACAUCCGAAUCCUGGUCUGGCCGAUCUAUGUGUUGGCGCAGAACGUGCUAGAAGAGGAGGAUAUGAAGUUUAUUGCUAAAUUCAUCCGGAGGAUCUCCGAGACCCACGGCAACGCCCGGCUGCUUUGUGAAGCGAUAGGACAAUAUUCACCUCGCAUGUCUGUUCUGAUGUCGGGUAUUGGUAGAUUGACAUCCUUGCCCGCAGAUUUCUCCAGCAGCGGAGUUGAACUUGGGUUGUGGUGA